UGUCAACUCCCAUUUUCUAAUUUGAUUCUUUGAAUCAACAUAGAUCUCUGAUCUAGGCAAGCAACAAAUUUAAUUAUUUACUGGGACACAAUAGUUUAUUUCUUCUUUUUCAGAAACAUUGCAUCCGACUAUUUGAGCUUGCGUCAGGAAAUGCUAAUUUUUUCUUUUGAUUCUCCCAAAACUGUUUGCUCAUUAUCUAAGUCGUUCAUUCACACUGAUUUCGAAUUCAUGCACGUAUUCAUUCAUACUGAUUUCGAGACGAAUAAACAUGUUAAUGAAUGAUCGUUUGUCUAAAAAUUUCAUAUUAGCGCAUUUCAUUCUUUCAUGAGAUGGUGGCGAUGGAGUAAGAUGAUUAGGUUUUGCAAUGGAAGGCGUAACUAACAAAGCUACAGAGAUGCGUUAUGAGACAGAAAGUGUGUGUGGUUAGCCCCUAGAAUAAUGACAAAUUAUUUGGAACCUCAUUUGAAAAUAACCACUAAAUUUGACCGACGAUCACGCGCAACUGAGCAAGAGAACCGUCAAGCAUCGUCAAGUGGACAGUGCAGCAAUAAUACGACCGUAUUACUGUGCAUGGUAGACAGGAUACCGUCAGAUUACAGUGGUGGACAUCCAGUGAACAGCCAGUUACUGGUGGACAGCCAGUGAAAAUUUACAGAUGCGGCAGCUUCUGAUUUGGGUUACCAGAAGCUGGGGCGACUCUAAAUUUUGUUAGGGAUAUAGCAGCGUCGUCAACAUAGGAGGCUCAUGCGGGAGCGCCUGCCUUGUGACCAUGGGUAGUCAAGGAGCACAUCCCGCAUGUUUGUUCCUGGCGCUGACGUUGACGGUGACGGUGGCGGCCACGGUGCUGCUGUGUACAGCUAUGCUCUCUAACCACUGGGAGGUUAUCUCUCUGAACCGGCCUCUGCUUGAGGCGCUCGUCCAAAAGCAUAAUGCAUCACACACUCUCACGUGGCUGUUCGGGGGCAUCGUUGCUAAGGUGACGGCACGAGAGACUAGGCCCGUCCGCUUGAUAGGCGACUUGCCCAGGUGGAGUCGAGCAUCGCGGUCUGUCCGAGGUCGAGAUAUCAUGGAAGACUCAAAUGAAGCCCACAAUUGGAAUAUUGAACGUCAAAUUAAACUAUCAACUAUCCAUGAGCCACUUUCCAGCGUGAAUGAGUCGAAAAAUUAUAUCAAUUGGUUGGAUUACAGACACUUAGGAGUCGACAACAAAUUCAAGAACACUAAUAGCAAUGAGUAUAUCAGUAGUGUCAACAAAAUAAUUAAAGUUCCCAGUGUGAAAACGUUGGACGCACGAAGGAACUUAAAUCAAAACAAAAAUCCAAAAGGACGAGCAGCCCAAGCAUCGUAUCAUUCAAAUGAAGCUGAUCACGUCGUAAAACUCCCUGAAGCAGAUGAAGGAGACGGCAGUGGCGCAAUGCUGGCCGACGUUAACGGCGACGAGGACGAAUUCGUGCCAAACGUAGGUGAAAUUGACUCAAUUGAAUGUGUUGGUCGAUGGUGUGAGUCCAGGGUCACAAACAUAAAAACUCUCAACGUCAAUGAGGAAAAUUUCAAGCGACAAUUAUUAAGUCCAGCGAAGAAAUUAUUUCGGGAACCUUCAUAUGGCGAGUUUGAGCCAGGUGGCAAAUUUUUCACUGAAAAUAAUAUGGUUUCAGUGACAUAUGUACCGACAUCACUCAAUAGUCUGAAAGAAAUUUCGAAAUUUCCUCGGCGACUACAAUUAUUUGAACGCAUUGGCCGGCGAAACCAAUUAUUGGAGUCACUUUAUUACACUGUUGAUAAUGUAAAUAAAUUCAAACGCUCACCGCAUCGCCCAGUACAACAACGAAGGAUUUCUCACACAUCCUACUUGAACCUCAUUAGUAACAGGUCAGAAAAAUGGUUUGAGGAGCUUAAUUCAGCAGAGGAAACUUUAAAAAAAUUAAACAUCAUGCCCCAAAGUAGCAUACCUAUCUACUUUGACCGUGAACAGGAUAAGUCUGCGGUGCGAAGAAAAUUACUUAAUUUCAAAAAUUUGUCAUCGAAUUUGGGCGAUGAAGCAGUUGUUGGAACAAAUCACUAUAAAUAUGCUCAACUCCAAACAAGAGCGAGUGAAAUCGAAAACUUGACGCGCCCUUGGGUUCAAGUUAGAAAUGACAGCAAGCAGUCAAGUUUUCACCGGAUUCCUGAUGACAGAACGUUACCAGUUCGGAGCAACGGAAUAAGCAAGCUCAAAAGCAGCGAAAGAAUUAUGUUUCUGACUCCACUACACGGUGGAAUCUGGACGAUGUGCGUCGAUUUGUCAGAGGAACAACAGAACAACCUGACGGCACAGGGGUUCGGCAUGUCGGGAUGUAUCAACUACCUUGAUCCACCUAAUGCAUCCAGAGGACAGAGGAGUGACUGGAUACAGCGUAUGCAAAACUUAUCGAUAUCGUGCGCUCUGGUGUGCUGCAUUAUCCUAGCAUCCUGCGCUCUCGUUGGAUUCUUCGGCAUUCUCAACAGACAAAUUUCUGCUGUCUUGGUUACGGGUGUCAUGUACAUAUUGGCAACAAUUUUCGCAGUCUUCUGCUUGGCCAUCAUGCACUUCAAGCGGCGGACCAAAAAGGAUUGCGCCAAUGUAGACUCACAGGUGAGCGCGUUCUUGAACGCAGCUCGCGUCUUCUCGUACGGUUGGUCGCUCUCGAUGGGCUGGGCCGGGGCUGUGGUCUGCCUGGGGGCUGCUCUGCUGUGGCUUCUACUCGCUAGGAUCAUGCGCUAUAACCCCAUAUCUUUGUCGUGAUGGGGAAUGCAAAUUGAAUCCGCAAAUUUUUGUCAUGAUGAUGCAUAUACAUUGAAUUAUAUUACGUUUAUUAGGAUGGGGAGUACACGUAAUUUCAUAAUAUCUCUCUUGCUAGAAACAGUGAGCAUUAAAUCCAAAUAUCCCGGUUGUGAUGAGUAAUGAACUUUAAACGUGUCAUAUCUCAUCCAUGUGGUUUAGAAGCCGAUAUUGCUGUUUUCGUGGCCCCAAACUACGCUGAUGUUCUGCGUCGGUGUUUAGUGCUACUACCACAAGUCCGUCGUGGUAGCACGAAAAAUAUCUGACAAAUACAAAAAUGAAUAUCUAACAAAUAGUGACACUUUCUCCCCGUAGCACUGAUGCACCAUUCUGCCAGGCUAAAUUGGGUCACGAUGGCCCACACAAAGGCAAAAAGUGCAUCGUAUUUGGAAAAAGUGCCACUUAUUUUCUAAAUGCGUGUGCACAUCACAUUUGAAAUUUCGGGAUACGCCCAUGCGACUUGAGGCUCCAGGGAGCUUCAAUGAUGUAUAACGUUAUAAUGUGGGAGUUGUAAUAACGUGUGUUUAUUCAAGAAAGUUAAUCUCGAAUAGUUUCUGUAACUUAUGGAGAGAGAUUGAAUUGAGCGCACUUCUUAUAUUACUAACAAUAUUGUGCUCGUUGUGAUAAAUGUAUAACAAUCUUGGUAAUAUCAUACGAGAGAAUCAUGUAACAUAAACACUACUGUACUAUAAUAAAUAGUAAGUACUAAAAUCACGUCAAAAAAUUUAGAUUGUUCGAUGCCACCAAAUGACGAUAUACGUAUUGAAUGAAAAGCUAUAGACUAACUUCCACAUUAUUUAUACAAAAGAAACUAUAAAUAGAGCAAUAAAUAUAUAAAUAUUUAGAGCAGACAUGAAUAGAGUGAGGUGACGAGAAAUCAAAUGUAACAUGUCACCAAUUGUGAGUUAAUAAUUAGACAAUAUUCUCUUCCUCUAUCUGGAUUACUCAAUUUAUCAAAUGGUAUAUAAUUAGCUCGUAAUUUAGCACAUGAAAUGUAAUUAAAUUGGAAAUCUCAUUGUCUAAUUUGAAUACGCGUUAAAUUUAUUCAUUCAUACAACUACAAUUAAAAGGUUAUUUCAUCAAAUAAUUUCGUACUAGAAAAACACAACUUCUAAUUCUAGUGCGAGGACGACGAAAACGCAAUACUACCUAGUUAUUAGUAAAAAUAAGUGCAUGCAUUUCCAUAGCAAAUGACUAGUUUGACUAAUAAAAGGUUACU